AUGCCCCAAAAAAUCGCCCUGGUCAGCUGCAGCACCAGGAACCCCCGCCUCAACCCCUUCAUAACCCAAUACAUCCAAAACACCCUCACUCCCCACUUGCCCCCAACCCACACACUAGAGAUAAUAGACCUAGCAGACCAACAUCUCCCCCUCUACGACGAGCCCGCAAUUCCCUCAAAGCUGCCCCCUGAUAACCCCACUCCCCACUAUGUCCACGACCACACAAAAGCGUGGUCAGCUAGGGUAUCCCAGUACGACGCAUUCAUCUUCGUGACGCCCCAGUAUAACUGGAGCAUUCCGGCUAGUUUGAAGAAUGCGUUGGAUUAUCUGUACUAUGAGUGGAAGGGGAAGGCGGCCGGGAUUGUCUCGUUUGGGGGGAGAGGGGGUGGAAAGGCGGCGGAUCAUCUGAAGGGGGUUUUGUCGGGGUUGAGGAUGAGGAUUGCGGAGACGAGUCCGGGGUUGGUGAUUCACGGGCAGAUGAUGGAUGAUUGUUUGAGCAAUGGGGAGGUUAAGGCGGAGGAUAGAGAAGAGUGGGAAAAGGCUGGUGUUGCGGGGGAGAUUCAGAAGAUGUUUGCAGAGGUGGUGGCUGAGAUGAAUUGA